CUUGACACGAUGAUGAAGUAACCCGAUUCUCACAAUCUCGAGGCUUCGUUCUCUUUCCUUGCUGUUCUACUAUAUGGACGAUGCUAAAUCACCACAUUUUUCUUCUUCUUUCGAUGUCUUCCUCUGAUAUCUCUAUAUUUUUCCUAUCUGCUCUCUAUUUUCUCUUUUCGUCUUUUGAUAUUUCGUUUUGUACAAAUACCCUGGCUUUUUUCAGUCUCAUCCAGUCAAUCUUCAAUGUUCUCAUUUAAAAUUAGUCUGUUUGCUUUUCAAGGUGUACCGGCGAUACGGA